AUGGCUUCCUGGUGGUUUCCUCGUCCUUACUUCUUUCAAUCUCUUGGCCUUUCUCAAUCUACUGUGUCUGUGCGACCCGAAUUUCUCGCGUCAUCCUCCUUUCAAUUUGUUAAUCCACGCCAUCAUGUAGCGGGCACGGAUACUGUCAGCCAGGUAUUUCCAGAGUCUGCGGUAGCGGGACUAAGCGACGAGCAAGUACUAGCGCUGUUUAGUCGUGGUUUCUUCGGUGGCUUUGUCUUCGCCUUCGAAAGGACUGCACUGCGAGUAGGGGGUUGGAGGUUGUUACCAGCGCGUUAUACGGGCUUCAAGGAUGAUCCAAGCGCAUCUAUGAUAUGGAAUACUUCCGAGCUUUCUAAUAUCAACCUGCCCCCUGUGGGCAGCUGUCUUUUCGGCUCAUUUAAAGUACUGGACAAGCAAAUACCCCUGGAAUCAUCAGAAAAGCGUCCCAGCUACGUCGAUUAUGGCUUCGGGUCAGAUGAGUUCGAGUUUGCGGGUUGUCACCGUUUCCAGAUAACUCGACUACAGCCCGCGAACGAUAAGCCCCUGGUGCAGCUCGAGCUACAGGGCUUCCAUUGCAACCCUCAGAAGAACCAGCCAUCAGUGGGGAAACUUCUUGAGUGGUUUCAUUAUAUCUAUGCAAAGUUGCUAUUUGCAAACGGCGUCCAGUCCGUUCUACUGCGAUAG